GGUCACAUGACCCAGGUCGGCGUGUGGGCCAUCUUGUCUUUCCGUCGCCUUGUUGUUUAGCUGCAUGGAAACGCGGAACUGUCGGUAAGAUCGCCGGAGUUGCGGCUACAGCCAGUGAACGGGAACUUAUUGACUGUUAAGAGAAUUGUUCCAGGCAGCUUGGAUACUACAUGGAACAACAUAAUGACCGUAGAUGCCGUCGAAUGCCCGGAUAUAACCAGCUGUCCUUCGAUCCUGCAAACAAUGAUGAACCACUGCAGUUUAAUGAUUCAAAUGAACCACUGGUGACAGAAUGUUCUAUCGUCCCCUCUAAUGAACCAAUCAAGAAAAGGAGAUGGAAUAAUACAUCUGCAGAUCAUUUCAAAAACUUAGCUUUAGACUCCAGCCCACCUGGAAUGUCAUUAUCAGACCCUACAGCUUGGACAACAGCUAUGAACAAUCUCGGAAUGGGACCCCCAAUUGGAAUGACUGGACAGCCGCUUAUGUCAGAGUUUGACCGAGGCCUUAGUAUGAUGACUGGGAUUGCACCCAUUAACCCAAUGAUGCCUGGAUUGGGCAUUGUUCCACCAACAGUUCGUCAAAACAUGCUUGUAGUAAAGGAGAUCAUUCAUUGUAAAAGCUGUACACUCUUUCCUCCAAAUCCAAAUCUUCCACCACCUGCUAUGCGAGAAAGGCCUCCAGGAUGCAAGACUGUCUUUGUUGGUGGUCUACCUGAGAAUGCCUCUGAAGAGAUAGUCUCUGAAGUUUUUGGACAAUGUGGUGAAAUCAUAGCGAUUCGUAAAAGCAAGAAAAAUUUUUGCCAUAUUCGGUUUUCAGAUGAAUUCAUGAUAGACAAAGCUGUCUAUUUGUCGGGUUAUCGAAUAAGAAUAGGCUCUAGCACAGAUAAGAAGGAUACAGGUCGACUUCAUGUUGACUUUGCUGAAGCUAGAGAUGACCUUUAUGAAUGGGAAUGUAAGCAACGUAUGAUGGCUAGAGAGGAACGCCAUCGUCGAAGAGUGGAAGAAGAAAGAUUUCGACCACCUUCACCACCACCGAUAGUGCAUUAUUCAGAACAUGAAAGUGCUAUGCUGUCAGAAAAGCUGAAAGAUGAUGCAAAAUUCUCUGAAGCUGUUCAGACCCUUUAUACCUGGCUAGAACGAGGAGAAGUAAACCGCCGAUCAGCAAAUACCUUCUAUUCCAUGAUCCAGUCAGCUAACAGCCAUAUUCGAAGGCUUAUGAAUGAAAAACUUCUCCAUCAAAAAGAAGUGGAGGAAGCCAAAGAGAAGUUUAAGAAUGCUCUCUCAAAGAUUCUGGUUCAGUUUGAGCAGAUUGUCUUCGUUUUCCACUCUGCCUCCAAGCAAAAGGCGUGGGACCAUUUCUCAAAAGCUCAACGCAAGAAUCUGCAUAUGUGGCAAAAACAAGCAGAGGAAAUUCGCAACAUACAUAAUGAUGAGCUAAUGGGUAUUCGCCGUGAAGAAGAAAUGGAAAUGUCUGAUGACGAUGUGGAAGAACUGCCAAAGAUCACAGUUACAGAUGAAUCGGCACUGGCUGCUCAGGCUGAAACACUGAAGCAAGAGAAUGACAGUCUGCGUUGGCAACUGGAUGCGUACAGAAAUGAGGUAGAUUUACUAAAACAAGAACAGGGUAAGCUCUACAAUACUGAAGAAGAGACUACAAAGGACCAGCAGCUAAAACUACUACAACAGACAUUGCAAGGGAUGCAGCAGCAACUUCUGAACUUAAGAGAAGAAUGCAACAAGAAAGAAACUGAAUUUGAGAAGGUAAAGGAAGAAAAGAAGAAAGCAGAGAUGUUGUUGGAAACACUUAAAAGGAAGGAGGAGUGUGUGUGUAGACAAGAUAUGGAGGAAAGUGAAAACCAAAUAACUAACAACACAGGAUAUAUAGUACUAGGUUCCAGUCAAGAGAAGGAUGGCGAAUUGGAUAGAGUCAUCACAGGGCCUGUUCGAUCAGAAAGAGAAGCGCUACUUGUGGGUAUAAUUUCUACAUUCCUCCAUGUCCACCCGUUUGGAGCCAGCAUAGAUUAUAUAUGUUCUUAUCUACAGCGAUUGGAUGCAAAGAUCUCUCCCAGUGAAAUAGAAGGUCUCAUGUCAAGGCUUCAACAUGUGUUUCAGCAGGAGAUAACUGGCGUUGGUGCAAGUUUGGAAAAACGGUGGAAAUUUGGUGGCUUUGAUGGAAUCAAGGCCCUCCAAAACUAAUAACUUGGUGGUUACUCACAAGAUUACAGAACUACUCCAUACUGCUGCAUACUGUUACAAUUAAGUAGAUUUUUUAAAAAAGAAAAUAGAAAAUACAUCAUCAACUUGAGCAAUAUAGGCUGCAUUUGGAAACCGGCUUAAAGAAUUGUGUUUCUCAACCCCUAACUGUUGGAUAAUAAACUCUGCUGUGCAAUUAUGGUUGGUGUAGAAAAUGAAAGUAAUAUGAGCCAAAUUACUGCUGAAAUGUAAAUAGGUUGCAACUUAAACUGUGAAAAAUCUACAAAGCAUUCUUUUUUCCAUAGUCAUGGUCUCACAUUAAUCAGACCACUGUUUCUCCUCCAUUUGAGCUAUGUUAUAAAGGUAAUGCAUCUUGCAAGACAUUUGUUUUUGUUUUGCUGUCAUAAUGGGGUGUCUCCAUAUAUCUUUAGAAGCUUGAAAUGUUCUAGUUUCUCUCAGUUAAAUGCUAAUGGAAAUUAAAAAGCGCUAGUAAUUAUUUUGAUCCAUCCUCAAACCCCCAGUUAAAAGGUUUAUUGAGAAUCCACUGAUUUUAUUUAUUUUACGCAAUGGCUCAGUUCCAGUGUUUUAAAAACUGGCUGGUCCUUUCUCCAUUCCCUUCGUCUCACUUAAUGUCUCCUGAACAUGGUUGUGAAAAGUCAGAAAUUGGUCUGUAGACUAUGGGAGCUCCACAUUGUUCUCUCUGAAAGCCCUAUCCUUUGUCAUAGUUAGGAUGGUGAGUUAUGAUGGGCUAUUCGAAUGCAGUGGGUACCUGCACUGAACUUAAUUUUGUCUUUAUGUAGCAUCCCGUCAAGUGCACUUUUCAAAUGAAUCUACUUGGAAUUUUGGCAGAUUUUUCCCAUUUCUUAGUUGGGUGACCAAAGUCAAAUGAAACUGUCACUGACUCAGCUGAGAUCAGCUAAUCGAUGAAUCUUGGCACAUUUUUGGUCUGUGCAGCUUAGUUCACCUUGCAUGAUGAUAAAUAUCCACCAUUGGAUACUGUUCUGCAAAUGCAUUUUUGUCUAUAGUUGAGUAAAUAUGUCAAAAGCAGCAUUUGUUGAGACGUAAUUUCAGGCUGUUCUUCCAUCGUGUAGCAAGAUUUCAGGUUGAAAUUCUAUUACAUAAAAAAAUUGGAACAAAAACAUGGCUUUUAUAUCACCUGAUCCUCUCUGAUAAAUGGAAAAUGUCAGUUAGCAUGUCAUACCAUUUCUAAAGAUAUGCAACUGCCAUAAAUGGAUGGGUCUGAUUGGGUUUAAUAUGAGCUACACGUAUCUUACUGAAGAUACAAACGUAGCAUAGAAAAGGCUGUUCCAUUUUUAGUUUAUAAGAUAAAAUUAGGGAAGCAUGUGCCAGUAUUCAUGUUUGAAAAGAAGAAAUACGAAUGUUGUUAACAUAUAUAUAAGUCUGAAGUACUGUACAUUAAAGUAAACAGAGUUGGGGACAGAAUUGUUUACAUCUGUAAUUUUUUUAAUCCCAGUUGCACUAACUUGUCUCUCAAAUUUAUCUCGCUGCAUGUUUUGGACAAUAUAUCUCGUUUGUACAAGCUCAGUUUCACUGUAUUGAUAAACGUUUUAUUUUUAGAGAAAUUAUUUUUUACGAAAGUUUAAUACUUGAGAUAAUAAAUUAACUGCAGAUGCUGAAAAUUUGAAACAAACAAAAAACAAAAUUGCUAAAGAAAUUCAGCAGGUCUGGCUACGUCUGUGAAGAGAAAAUCGAGUUAAUGUUUCAAGUCCAGUGACGUUUCUUCAUAACUGUUCUGAAGAAUCAGUGGACUUAAAUCAUGAAUAUUGUUUUUCCUCCAUGGAUACUGCCAGACCUGCUGAGUUUCUCCAGCAAUUUCUGUUCUUAUUUGUUUUUAAUACUUGGUUUUUAUGUCACUAUGGUUGAAGAUAUAGGCAUAACACCUAUGGUUAGUUAUAUUGUAAGAAACUGAGAAUCCAUUCUGCUCUUGUAGGCUUUAUAUCACUCCUAUAAAAUGAUAGACAGUAGCAGUUUGCUGCACUUCUGAUUUCAAAAGUCUGAUCUGCUUUACUGUUGGUUGAAACAAUGUUGUUUUGUGUGCUGUUGAUUCAUAAUUAGAGUGCCAAGUUUUGGCACAAAAUAAUACUUGGAGCUGAACAUCUCCAGUAAAAUAUUCUAUGUAUUCUUUGGGCACAAAUGAUCUGUAGAAUCUUAAUAUGCCAUCACUGUUGUGAUCUUUGAAGGAUUAAUAACGCGCAGUGUUUAUUUGUAUGUCUAUUACUCAGCGGUGCAAAAUGAAAACCAAGGGAUUUGAAAGUUAAGUAAAUUACUUGAAGAUUACUUCAGUGUAUAUAUUUUUUGAGACUGAACUAUACAGGCUAACGAGGUUCCAGGUUUGAUCUGCUGUGUGCUAAAUUGGUUAAUUUCUGCUGGUUUCAGAGCAGCCCACAUGGCUUUCAUAUCUCUGGGCUAGUGAUAGGAAAAACAAUCAGCCUGCUCCUGAUUGCUGCUUAGCUGAAACACGUACGAAAUUACAUAUUACAGAAAAGCCAAAACACUGAAAUAGGCUGUUUGUCCCAAACAAUUUUAUGUCAGUGUAUAAACUCCAUAAACCUCUUCUCAGCCUAAUGACCUAUUUUAACCUGCUCCCUGUUUGUUACUCCCUCACAUUGUGAUUCCCCUUAAUGUGUCAGUCACUUUUUAAAUAUGAGAAAUGGAAUGAGCUUUGCUUUAUGCACCAGGCAAAGUGGUUUCCUGCCAUUUGCUACCCAGCCUCACUUUUCUGGGUAAUGUUUAUUGCAUAAAAAUGUCACUAGCAGAAACUGGUAACCUCGUUAUUUAGCUCUCUGCUCUUGUGAAGCCUUGCUAUGUGCAGUUUAUUUGGCACAAUUCCUUACAAGAACACCCCAUACAUAAAUUAAAAGUUAAUAGGCUGUAAAAUGCUUCAGAUGUCUUGUGAUUAUGAAAAGCAUCAUAAAUACUAAAUCAUUCUAAUUUUGAACAGUGACUACUUUGACACCACAGCAUUUCCAUUAGAUACAGACAUUAGCAAAGAUCUUUAUCGUCAACAAAGAGGAGAAAAAUCAAAAUAAAUUUUUUUACUCAGCAACUGAAUUGAAUAAUACAGUUGUCUUAAUGAUAUUGUAUUCAGUUUUUCUUAACCAAAUUGUUUGUUUAUAGUUAUUUAAUUAGCUUUUUGGGUGAGAUUCCACAACUGAGAUUUACCUAAGUUUACAACUGAGAGCUAAUGUUAUGUAUAGAUUGUUACUUCUAGGUAAAUUUAUUGAUUAUUUACAACAGCAAAAAAAAAUGUACAGAGAAUUAUUACUAAUAUUUGCAAGUUUCUGAUCAUUUUAGGAACACGUUAUGCAUGAAAAUAGAAUGAUCAUUUAUUCCCCAUGGAAUAAAACCUUAUUCAACUGUCUGGGAUAUUUUGGUUAAACAGGUAUUCUGUGUGUCUUGGCAGUUUUACAAUUACAUUUUAAAGCAGGGAUAGGGAUUAUAUCAGAGUGCUUUAUGAUUUUGCAGGAUGUCCUAAUGAUUAGCAAGUUGUAUUUCAGACCUGUUUUGUGAUUUAUUAGAAUGGAUUUUAAUAAAGAAAUUAUUUAAAUGGA